AUGACUGAAGUAGAAUUCAAUCCCAUCUCUAUUUACAACAAACUCACAACUUUACGCACAAAACCACAAUCGGGUGGAAAAACCAAUAACGGUGAGGCACAACUGGUGUCCUCUUUAAAGGUCGAAGCUGCUGCUGUGACAAAAGAGAUUAAUCGCUAUCGGGCUUGUGUUGAUAGUUCUUGUCUAUAUUGUCGAGAAUGGACUUUAUUUGUUCAUAAGAAGGGGUAUACUUGGGCAGCAAAAAAUAAAGAUCCGUCCAAUACAGGAGUUAUUAGAAAUAUUUCUGAUGGCCAGACUAAUGAUUGUCUUUCAGAUAAACCGAAAGAGGCGGCUGCCGAUAAAUGUCAACAAUUCCAUGAUCUCAUUGGAAAUUAUAAAAGUAGGCUUAAACCAACGGACAUUGUUUACGAAAGAUUGGAUCCUUUCGAUGACAUUGUUCACAAGGUAUUCGAUUGGAUCAAAGCACCAAGCAACUUGUAUACUUCACCCAAUCCUUUUGUUCUCGUCGAAUUCGAUUACCCGAAUCGAGUUCAUCUCAAUCACGAUCAAGAAAAUAACAGUCCAGUCAGUUUACUCGAAAAAAUGGAGGUUGAAAAGAUUCACUAUCAGAUUUCCCGAGAAAAUUUUCCUCUCUUAAAAUUGGCGACUUUACCAACACAAUGCCAUCAUACCAGGCCAGAAUGGAAACAUCCGUCUGAGCUCGAUAUCGACCGCCGAGCUUUCAAUGAUCAAAUGGUUAGAGAAAAAUCUUUGAAUGAUGAAAUGCUGAAGGUUGUAGAUCAAAUUUGGAAGUUCGUCCAGAGCUUCCUCGAUGCAAUUCUUGAACUGGAGGCAAAUAGAGAUUUGAACUUUGGUAAAGGAUGUGUGCAAAAUUUAAACGAUUUUCUGAAAGAAUAUCAAGAUAAGAUCAUCUUAUUUAAAGACUAUUGGGCGCCUGUGGCAGAGGCAUACAAAAAGACUUCAAAAUCCAAGAAGGGAGGUAACAUAUCAUCGCCACCGUCUGGGAAUGCCGUUGAUGACAUCGAUCUCGCUUUUCAUACGUAUGUAACUAAUUUUAAAACUAUAUUGUCACUUUGGGAGGAAGAUUUUAUAGAAAAAGUGUACGUGAAUUCCGCCAAGUUCAUUGAUGACGCACAAAGUGUUUUGAUGCGCCAUUUGAUAGAAGUUUCAAGUAGAAUUGGUAACGGGCGAGUGUCUGAAUUUUAUCCUGAUGCCGUACAAAAAUGCAAGAUAGCUCAAAACAUAGUUAAGGACAUGAAAUUGAUGGCAUCAAAAAGAUAUUCAACUAUGCGAAAUGAUAUUUCUAAAAGGAAAGACGAUCUAUUAACUGAUAUAAAAAAUAUAGAAGCCGAUUGGAAUGAUAACUCUCAAAGGACAAUUCUAGGAAGAUUAGAAAAGGCAAACAAUAAAGAGUUUCAGAAAAAGAUUAAAAAAUUUGAAAAUUCUUGGUUGUCUUUGAAACAAUUUUCAAUAUUAACGAUAGGAAAUAUAUUACCAGCCACCGAUUUUGCAAGCGUGUGUAUUCAAUGCUUGGAAUUAUUGAUGAUGGAAGGGGAAAUGUGGGAAGCAAUUGAAUUGGGAAAACAUUAUAAGAAGUAUGAACAAAAUUUUAAAAAGUUCGAUGAACAACGUGAAAGACUCUUAAAGGACUUUUGUCAGGGCGUUGAGACAGGACAAAAGGUCUUAUCAGGUAUUAUUGGGCGUUUAUUUCUGAAGGAAGCCCAAAGAUUGCAGGAAGAUUCCUUAGCGUUAAAAAAGCAAGAUGCAUUCUUAAAUUCUAUUGAUCAAGGAAAAAUAGAUUCCGAAAGUCAACCAAAAAUGGAAAACCCAUUGGAACCUUCCAUCGAUGAUGGAGUUAUGUCAACUGCAUCAGAUUCCAAAAAGAUCAUGCAACAAAAACUAUUGGAAAAUAUGAUAGCGGAAAAUAGUACCAUGAAUUACGAAAGCUUACUGUCGUUUGACGGGAAUCUCGUUUUGGAUGACUGUUUGAAUGACACUCAAGCUAUUGAAAGUCAACUGUCCGUUCCACCUGGUCUCAAUUCAAAUACAAUAGAUAUUCAACGGCAGUCUAUUGCUGAUUCACAACACGGUCUUGCAAAUCCAUUCAAUCUUGAUGAAUUGGAUCGCUCUAAUUUAAUUUCUGUUAUUCAAUGUCUUACUAGUGAAAAGACUCAAUUAAUUUCUUCACUACUUUCUUUACAACACGAACUGCAGUCUAUGAAUAUACGAUACGCAAAGUUACUUGAGGUAUCGCGUGAUCGAGAAUUUCAAAACUUCCAGAUAUUGGAAACACGCAAACAGGAAAUGGAAGAAAAAAUGAGAUAUAUCCAAAAAUUGGAGUUACGAAUAAGCCAAUUGGAAAGUCAAAAUCAAACAGGUAGUAUUUCAGAAUCGAUCAGUCCGAUUAAUAAUUCUUUACCUGGGAGUCCAAGCACAAACCAAAUCACGCAAUUAUCGUACGGGCCCAUAAUUUUUCCAGCAACUUCUCAUGCAGGGAAUUCAGUGCUCGGGUCAAAUAGAUACGUGAAUCCGUGGCGUAGUAGUAAUGUAAAUCGAAAUGGUGUCCGCUCGACAAACAAUCUACGUUGUGGAAAUUGUGGAGAACUAGGACACGUUAGUCAAGAGUGUAGUACUGGUUGUAGAUAUUGCAGCAGUUUUGAACACCUGAGCGAGAGCUGUAAUUUGUCCGGAUAUGAGGACAAUUUAACACAAACUGGAAUUAACAAAGAAGAAAUUUCCACGAGUAAUAAUAGAAUUAUUGUUGAGUCGAAUGAGUCAAAGUGA